AAUGCUCUUGUGAUUUAAGUGCAGAACGAAUUUCCGUCUCUCUUUUCCUCAGGCUGCGUGGUUGGCGUUCUAAGACUCUGAUAUCAAGCAACUGUUUUUUACGAGACAAGACAUAUUCCUACACCAUGUCGUAUCAACACGAAGAUGCAGAAGAAGCAAGUUACGAUCCUUACUCCUACUCAAAUGACUACGAUCUGCACACAGGUGACCCCAAGGCAGAUCUGGCCUAUGAGAGGCAGUAUGAGCAGCAGACCUAUCACGUUAUCCCUGAGGUGAUUAAGAACUUCCUGCAGUACUUCCACAAGACCAUCUCGGACCUCAUAGACCAGAAGGUGUACGAGUUGCAGGCCAACCGGGUCUCCAGUGAGAGCAUAGAACAGAAGAUCUAUGAGAUUCAAGAUGUUUAUGAGAACAGCUGGAAUAAGCUCACUGAUCGUUUCUUCAAGACGUCUCCCUGGCCAGAGGCAGAGGCUAUUGCUUCCCUGGUUGGCAACGGUAAGUCUGCUGAUUCAUCUGAUGCAGUGUUCCUGAUCCUCUAUAAAGAGUUGUACUACAGACACAUUUAUGCCAAAGUUAGCGGUGGACCAACUCUCGACCAGAGAUUUGAGUCCUACUACAAUUACUGUAACCUCUUCAAUUACAUUCUGAAUGCUGAUGGACCUGCUCCUCUGGAGCUGCCCAACCAAUGGCUCUGGGACAUCAUCGAUGAAUUCAUUUAUCAGUUCCAGUCCUUCAGCCAGUACCGCUGCAAGACGGCAAAGAAGUCAGAGGAGGAGAUUGAGUUCCUGAGGAAUAACCCUAAGAUCUGGAAUGUUCACAGUGUUCUCAAUGUUCUCCACUCUCUAGUGGACAAGAGCAACAUCAACCGUCAGCUGGAGGUCUAUACCAGCGGAGGGGAUCCAGAGAGUGUGGCUGGGGAGUACGGUCGUCACUCCCUUUACAAGAUGCUGGGCUAUUUCAGUCUGGUGGGCCUGCUCCGACUGCACUCUCUCCUAGGGGACUACUACCAGGCCAUCAAAGUUCUAGAGAACAUUGAGCUCAACAAGAAGAGUAUGUACUCCCGUGUCCCAGAGUGUCAAAUCACCACGUACUACUAUGUGGGCUUUGCCUACCUGAUGAUGAGGAGGUACCAAGACGCCAUCCGUGUCUUCGCCAACAUCCUGCUCUACAUCCAGAGGACCAGGAACAUGUUCCAGAGGUCCACCUACAAAUAUGAGAUGAUCAACAAGCAGAAUGAGCAGAUGCACGGCCUGCUGGCUAUUGCACUCACCAUGUACCCCAUGCGCAUCGACGAGAGCAUCCAUACCCAGCUGAGGGAGAAGUAUGGAGACAAAAUGCUGCGUAUGCAGAAGGGUGACCUGCAGGUGUUUGAAGAGCUCUUCAGCUUUGCCUGCCCUAAGUUCCUGUCUCCCGUGGUGCCCAACUAUGACAACGUCCACCCAAACUACCACAAAGAGCCCUUCCAGCAGCAGCUGAAGGUGUUUGCUGAAGAGGUGCAGCAACAGGCCCAGCUCUCCACCAUCCGCAGUUUUCUGAAGCUGUACACCACCAUGCCAGUGGCCAAGCUGGCAGGUUUCCUGGACAUGACGGAACAGGAGUUUCGUAUCCAGCUGCUGGUUUUCAAGCACAAGAUGAAGAACUUGGUGUGGACCAGUGGCAUCUCCGCUCUGGACGGAGAGUUUCAGUCUGCCUCCGAGGUUGACUUCUACAUUGACAAGGACAUGAUCCACAUCGCUGACACCAAGGUCGCCCGUCGCUACGGUGACUUCUUCAUUAGGCAAAUCCACAAGUUUGAGGAGUUGAACAGAUCAUUGAAGAAGAUGGCGACGAGUAACACCACUGGGACAUCCAGCAGCACGUCUGCAGCCAGGGCCACAUGAGCCCUGGAUAGCAGCAGACCUAUGGGGUGCUCCUGCCAAUUGAAUCUUUUUCUACGUGUAACCUUAUAAACAAUAAAGGAUGAAGUGGUGUGUGGAA